GUACGUUUGCUCGGUAGGGUUUAAGGUUGCAUAAUAGCUCCACAGUCCACACUGAGCUGCAAAUCUGUUGUUUUCGCCUAAAAUUUAUUUGGUUCCCGCCCCAAAAUCGAAAUAAUACCUUACAUCCAACGCAGAGACUACACUUCACUGUUUUCUCUUUCACUUUCUCUCUUCUGUAACUUAGGGUUUGAUCUCAUCACUGGCACAAAUGGUGUCUCCGAAGCAGCUUCUAGCCACGUUGGAAUCAGCGCUUCUCGGUUCCUCGCCACCAACAGCAUCGCAACGAGUCGAAGUCUUGCACGCCAUUCGCACUUCUCUUCCCUCCUUCCAAUCCCUUCUAUCCUAUCCGCCUCCAAAGCCUUCUGAUCGAAGUCAAGUUCAGUCAAAGUCUCUUAGACUUCAAGAUUCUACUCUCAUCACUCUUGAUGACCAGGAUGUGCAAAUUGCACUCAAAUUGAGCGAUGAUCUGCAUCUAAAUGAAGUAGACUGCGUUCGCUUGCUAGUAUCGGCUAAUCAGGAGUGGGGUUUAAUGGGUAGGGAACCGCUGGAAAUUCUACGGCUUGCAGCAGGACUCUGGUAUACAGAAAGAAGAUAUCUGAUAACAUCUCUCCAUCUUCUGUUGAGGGCUGUGGUGCUUGAUCAGGGACUUGAAGAUGAUAUUUUGGUUGACAUACAAAAAUAUCUAGAGGAUGUUAUCAAUUCUGGACUUAGACAGCGGUUGAUAUCUCUUAUCAAGGAACUCAAUAGAGAAGAGCCUUCUGGUGUGGGAGGUCCUCAGUGUGAGCGCUAUGUUAUUGAUUCAAGAGGUUCUCUUGUGGAGAGGCAGGCAGUGGUCUCUAGAGAAAGACUUAUUUUGGGACAUUGCCUUGUCCUUUCUGUUCUGAUUGUUCGAAUAAAUCCUAAGGAUGUAAAAGAUUUAUUCUCUGUUUUGAAGGAUAGUGCUUCUGAAGUUAGUCAGAGUAAUACUCCCAUAAAACAUCAGAUUACCUUUAGCCUUCUAUUUGCUCUUGUGAUUGCAUUUGUUUCAGAUGGUUUGGGUACAGUGCCUGACAAAGCAUCUGUCCUUUCUUCUAAUACAUCCUUCAGACAUGAAUUUCAUGAACUUGUAAUGGCUACUGGAAAUGAUCCAAUUGUUGAGGGAUUUACUGGUGGCAUAAAGCUUGCUUGGGUGGUACAUUUGAUGUUAAUACAAGAUGGUGUUGCAACAAGGGAAACUAUUUCUAGUACUUCUUCAAAUGAAAUGGGUUACCUCAGUCAAUGCUUAGAAGUCAUUUUUUCAAAUAAUGUCUUUCAGUUUUUACUGGAGAAAGUUCUUCGAACUGCUGCCUUUCAGACUGAAGAUGAAGAUAUGAUCUAUAUGUACAAUGCUUAUUUGCACAGGUUGAUUGCGUGCUUCUUGUCUAACCCUCUAGCUAGAGACAAGAUAAAAGAAUCCAAAGAGAAGGUUAUGAGUGUGCUAAGUCCAUACCGAGUUGCUGGAUCACAUGAUUUUGCACAGGGCAGUAGCUCAAUUUCUCAACAAGGCACUGAAACAGGCUCUUUACAAUUUAAUUCAAUCUUGGACUUUGUGAGCGAAGUUUAUCUGAAAGAACCAGAGCUUUUGUUGGGAAAUGAUGUGCUGUGGACAUUUGUAAAUUUUGCUGGGGAGGACCAUACGAAUUUUCAAACGCUCGUGGCUUUCUUGAACAUGCUGAGCACCUUGGCUUCUAGUCAAGAAGGUGCUUCAAAGGUUCAUGAGUUGCUGCAAGGUAAAGCAUUCCGUUCGAUUGGCUGGAGCACUUUGUUUGAAUGCUUAACAAUUUAUGAUGAGAAAUUCAAACAGUCCCUUCAAACUGCUGGAGCAAUGUUGCCUGAAAUUCAAGAGGGGGAUGCAAAAGCACUUGUGGCAUACUUAAAUGUUCUGAAGAAGGUUGUUGAAAAUGGGAACCCUAUAGAAAGGAAAAACUGGUUUCCUGACAUUGAACCACUGUUUAAACUCCUUAGUUAUGAAAAUGUACCUCCUUAUCUUAAGGGUGCUCUAAGAAAUGCAAUAUCCACAUUUAUUCACGUCUCUCCAGAGUUGAAGGAUAGCAUUUGGACCUUUCUUGAGCAAUAUGAUCUGCCAGUAGUGGUUGGGCCCGAAGCCCAGAGCAGUCCAUCCAUGGGUACUCAGGUUUAUGAUAUGCAGUUUGAAUUAAAUGAAAUUGAGGCAAGAAGAGAGCAAUAUCCUUCAACUAUAUCUUUCCUUAAUUUGAUAAAUGCUCUUAUUGCGGAAGAAAGAGAUUUGACAGAUAGAGGGCAAAGAUUUAUUGGUAUCUUCAGGUUCAUCUACGAUCAUGUUUUUGGGCCAUAUCCUCAAAGAGCAUAUGCAGAUCCAUGCGAAAAAUGGCAGUUGGUUUGUGCCUGCCUUAAACAUUUUCACAUGAUAUUAGCUAUGUAUGAUGUUAAGGAAGAAGACUAUGAGGGUGUAGUUGACCAGUCUCGAAUUUCAACAACAAAAGAAUCAUCAUCACUUCAGAGACAACUUCCUGUUUUAGAGUUGCUGAAGGAUUUCAUGAGUGGAAAGACUGUCUUCCGUAACAUCAUGAGUAUUCUUCUGCCAGGGGUGAAUUCCAUCAUUGCUGAACGCAGUAGUCAAAUACAUGGACAGUAUUUAGAGAAUGCGGUGCAGCUUUCUUUGGAAAUUAUAAUACUUGUCCUUGAAAAAGAUUUACUUCUUUCUGAUUAUUGGCGUCCGUUGUACCAGCCAUUGGAUAUUAUACUCUCGCAUGAUCACAAUCAAAUAGUGGCUCUGUUAGAGUAUGUCAGAUAUGAUUUUCAGCCAAAAGUUCAGCAAUCAUCUAUCAAAAUCAUGGGCAUUUUAAGCUCUCGUAUGGUUGGGCUUGUUCAGCUAUUGCUAAAAUCUAAUGCCUCAAACAGCUUGAUAGAAGAUUAUGCAGCCUGCCUUGAGGCACGGUCAGAAGAGUCUCAGAAUAUUGAAAAUAAUAAUAAUAAUAAUAAUAAUAACAAUGAUGAUCCUGGCAUUCUUAUUCUGCAACUUCUUAUUGACAACAUCAGCAGGCCAGCUCCAAAUAUCACUCACUUACUACUUAAAUUUGAUCUAGAUACACCUGUAGAGCGGACAGUUUUACAGCCCAAAUUUUAUUACAGUUGCAUGAAGGUUAUUCUUGAUAUUCUGGAGAAGCUUUUGAAGCCAGAUGUAAAUGCAUUACUUCAUGAAUUUGGUUUUCAGCUUCUUUAUGAGUUGUGCAUUGAUCCAUUUACAUCUGCUCCUACAAUGGAUCUGUUGGCAAAUAAAAAGUUUCGAUUCUUUGUUAAGCACCUUGAUACAAUUGGCAUUGCUCCGCUUCCUAAACGUAAUAAUAACCAGCCGCUUCGAAUCAGUUCCCUUCAUCAGAGAGCGUGGCUAUUAAAACUUUUAGCAGUUGAGCUACAUGCUGGUGAUAUUGGUAGCUCCAAUCAUAGAGACACUUGUCAGACAAUCCUUUCUAACCUUUUUGGACAAGGGACCACUGGAGUUGAUGGAGACCAGGCCUUAUAUCCAUUUUCACUGCAAGACAAUUCUGGAAAUGCUGAUUUUAGAAAUGUUAGUAAGAGUAAGGUAUUGGAAUUGCUUGAAAUCAUCCAGUUUAGAUGUCCAGAUCCUACUAAUAAGCCGUCGAGUACUAUGGCUGGUAUGAAGUAUGACUUGAUGGCAGAAGACAUAUUGGAAAAUCCAGGAAAUUCUGGAAAGGGCGGUGUCUACUAUUAUUCUGAGAGAGGUGACCGACUGAUUGACCUUGCUUCCUUCCAUGACAAACUUUGGCAGGUGAGUAAUCUUGGUAAUGAAGUUGAGCUAAAUGAUGUAAGAGAGACAAUUCAACAGUUGCUGAGAUGGGGAUGGAAACACAAUAAAAAUCUUGAGGAGCAAGCUUCACAACUGCAUAUGUUGUCUGCCUGGUCUCAGAUUGUUGAGGUGUCUGCAUCUAGAAGAUUAGCAAUGCUUGAAGAUCGAUCUGAAAUUCUCUUUCAGAUCCUCGAUUCCUCUCUCACUGCAUCUGCUUCUCCAGACUGUUCGCUGAGGAUGGCGUUCAUAUUAUCUCAGGUAGCACUGACGUGCAUGGCUAAGCUGCGAGAUGAAAGGUUUAUGUUUCCGGGAAGUCUAAGUUCUGACAGUAUAACAUGCCUUGAUCUCAUUGUGGUUAAACAAUUAUCAAAUGGUGCUUGCUUGACCAUAUUGUUUAAGCUUAUCAUGGCAAUUCUUAGAAACGAAUCAUCAGAAGCUCUUAGGAGACGCCAAUAUGCAUUGCUUCUUAGCUAUUUCCAGUAUUGUUUGAAUGUUGUUGAUCCUGAUGUUCCAACCUCAGUUCUUCAGUUCUUGCUGCUUAGUGAACAAGAUAACGAAUAUAUUGAUCUCCCAAAGAUUGACAAAGAACAGGCAGAACUGGCUCGUGCAAAUUUUUCUACUUUGAGGAAAGAGGCUCAGAGCAUAUUGGAUUUGGUCAUAAAGGAUGCAACUCAUGGCAGUGAACCUGGAAAAACAAUAUCACUCUACGUUCUUGAUGCGUUGAUUUGUAUAGAUCAUGAGCGAUAUUUCUUGAGCCAACUUCAAAGCAGGGGAUUUUUAAGGUCUUGCCUUACUGCCAUAAGCAAUAUUUCCAAUCAGGAUGGUGGUCUUUCACUGGACUCUUUGCAGAGAGCUUGUACCUUUGAGGCUGAACUUGCUGUACUACUAAGAAUUAGUCACAAAUAUGGAAAAUCUGGAGCACAGGUUCUAUUUACCAUGGGCAUAUUAGAGCAUCUUUCAUCAGGCAGGUCAACCAAUUCACAGGGAAGAUUAAGGUGGGUUGAUACACGAAUUAGAAGAGAUAUGGCUGUGGAUGUUGAUAGACAACGGAUGAUGAUAACUCCGGUCUUGAGAUUAGUCUUUUCAUUAACUUCCUUGGUUGAUACAUCAGAUUUUAUGGAGAUGAAAAAUAAAAUUGUUCGGGAGGUGAUUGAUUUUGUCAAAGGGCAUCAAUCACUCUUUGAUCAAAUCCUCCGUUUAGAAAUUGCUGAAGCCGAUGAGUUAAGAAUGGAGCAGAUCAAUCUUGUUGUUGGUAUUCUAAGCAAGGUUUGGCCAUAUGAAGAGAGUGACGAGUAUGGUUUUGUUCAAGGGCUUUUUGGUUUAAUGCAUGUUCUUUUUUCUCAUGACUCAAGCUCAAAGGUUCUAGGUUUUGCUCGAUCAAAAGUGUCUCCUGAGAAUCAGAGAAGUUCAGAACUACAGAUAUUUAAGUUGUGCUUCAGCCUGAGUUCUUACUUAUAUUUUCUAGUCACGAAGAAAUCCUUGAGAUUACAGUCUUCCGAUGCUUCCUCCAAUUACCCUACUUCCGUUGAACUUCAACAGCCUACAUUAAGCUUGCUAAAUUCUAUACUCAGUUCAGCUACAACUGCACUUGAAAGGGCAGCUGAGGAGAAAUCCUUAUUACUGAACAAGAUUCGAGACAUAAAUGAACUGUCAAGGCAGGAGGUGGAUGAAAUCAUCAGUAUGUGUGUCCGGCAAGAAUCUGUUUCAUCUUCCGAUAACAUACAAAGAAGGAGAUACAUUGCAAUGGUAGAGAUGUGCCGAGUUGUUUCUUGCACGGAUCAGCUAAUUAUUUUAUUGCUCCCGCUCUCUGAGCAUGUGCUAAAUAUCAUCCUUAUCCACCUUCAGGAUUGCUCUGAUGCAUUUGAAUCUACCACGGCCACAAAAACAAUUACAUAUGGUGCGAAGUAUGAUCCCCAACAGGAGUUAUGUGGACAGUUAGUUCCAACCCUUGAACGACUGGAGUUGUUAAAUGAGGAGAAAUUAGGACAUAGUCUCAAAGUAUUCUGCCGGUUAGCAACUUCUGCCAAAGAGAUCGCAAUCCAGAAGAUGAUUUAGUAUAAUAUUCUUACAGAUUCAAUUAAUUGCCUGGAUUAACUCCGUAUACGUUGUAGUUGUCUCACAGAUUUGAGUUCUAUGAGUAAGCUAUAACUAACACUUGCAGUGCGUAUGCGAGUGGGUUUUUGUAGGGUAUUAGUGGAAAAUGUUAUAUAAAUGUUGUAAUAUUUUACCUAUAAUGUAAAAUGUCAUUAAUCAUCAAAUGUUGCAAAUUGUCUUAACCCAUCAGAUAAUGGAAAAUCUCAAUAUUUGUACAGCGUUUUCUCAGCACAAAUGCUAUAGUGCUGACAACUGUUACUUGCCUUAA